AUGAAUAAUUUUACCAUAACUAAUUUAAAGUUACCAGAAAAUGAUUAUGAUGCUUUUCACAAGAAAUAUUUAAUGGAUCAAUUAAAUUUAAUUGAAGUAAAUAAAGAACAUUUAAAAGAAAGAAAAGGCGAUGUGAAAAGAUACUUCAAACGACGAAUAAAUAAUAAAGAUUUUAUUGAUGAUACUAAAUUACAACAAGAAGUAACAAGUUUGAAAAGUUUUAUUGAAGAACAAUUACUUAAUGUAGUAGAUAAAACUCAAUUACAACCUUUAAGUUCAUUAAUAUCUAAUUUAGAUGAUAAGAUUACAAAACAAAAAGUAGAUCUUAAACAACUAAUAGCCAAUAUUAAUCCAGGUAUAAGUGAAGAAAAAUUAACUGAUUUAGAAACCAAACUCAAUGAUAAUAGUGAAAUGGUCGCUAUUCAAAAACAAUUACUUAAUGUAGUAGAUAAAACUCAAUUAGAAAAUCUAAAAUCAUUAAUAUCUAAAUUAGAUGAUAAGAUAGCAAAGCAAAAAAUAGAUCUUAAACAACUAAUAGAUAAUAUUAUUUCAGGUAUGAAUGAAGACAAAUGGCAACAGGAAUCAACUGCUCUAGAAACUAAAUUUAAAACUGAAUUACAAAAAGAACUAACAAAUAUCAAACAAUAG